AUGAUCGGGACACUAGGCUUAUCACCCCUCAUCAGCCUACACUUGCUGGAGGAAGACCCACCCUACAGGAAUGGAAACACCCUCCACUCCACACAACCAGGCAAGGAACAGAGGUCUACCCGGCUGCCUUCAGGACGCAUUUUGGAAUUCUUGGUUGUAGUUAUCUGUGGAAAAUCCAUGGGUAAUUUUGAGAGGAAUGGCAUUGACUCUCUGGAUUGCCUUGGGGGCAAAUGGCCAAAGGCCUCUCCGGUGAGACCUGACACAGCAUCCACAGUCCUGGAGGACACCCUAACUGUGAUCUUUCCUAAGACCACAGCCUCAGCACAUCGGACACAGCAGAAACAUGUUUCCAGCCAAGUGACCUGGGUUUUUAGGCAUGGAGACCGAAGUCCCAUCGAAACCUUUCCUAAAGACCCCAUUAAGGAAUCCUCAUGGCCACAAGGAUUUGGCCAACUCACUCAGCCAGUUUCUCAGGCUCCACCUGAGAAAGUAGAAAAUAAUCCUGAAUCAGCAGAGUUGGGAAAACAUGAUUCCUUUGGAAGUGCUGUUGCCGAAAUUGAUUUUUGGUCAGAUGGAUGUAUUGGGAUUGAACCUUCCUUAAAAGUGGUCAAACACAGGGAACCCUACGUCCUAAAGAGCACCCAAGAAGAAAUCUUGCCAAAAUUUACAGGUUACCAUGACCAGGACCUUUUUGGAAUCUGGAGUAAAGUCUACAAUGCUUUAUUUUGUGAGGGUGUUCAUAAUUUCACUUAACCCUCCUGGGCCACAGAGGACACCAUGAUUAAGUUGAAAGAAAUAUCAGAAUUGUCCCUCCUGCCCCUCUAUGGAAUUCACAAGCAGAAAGAGAAAUCUAGACUGCAGAGGGGUGUCCUGGUCAAAGAAAUCCUCUAUCACAUGAAGAAUGCAACUCAGCCAUUGAACCACAGAAAAGUCAUUAUGUAUUCUGCACAUGGCACUACUGUGAGUGCCCUACAGAUGGCGCUAGAUGCUUACAACGGAAUCCUUCCUUCCCAUGCGUCCUGCCACUUGAUGGAAUUGUACUUUGAGAAGGCGGAGUACUUCAUAGAGAUGUACUAUCGGAAUGAGAAGCAGCAUGAACCACAUCCCCUCAUGCUGCCUGGCUGCACCGCCAGCUGCCCUCUGACAAAGUUUGUUGAGCUGGUUGCCUCUGUGAUCCCCCAAGACUGGUCCACAGAGUGUGCCAUGAGCAACCAUGAAGGUACUGAGGACGCUAUGGAUUAGGGUGCACACGGAGCUCUGCAGAGAGGGCAGAACACCCUUUCUCCAGAUGGAUGGUGCUUUGAGAAUAUAAACUGGCCUCAACCCCAUCUUUGAGGGAAAUAGGUUUUGGGCGAUAAUUGUAUGUUUCAGAGACCUCAACUUCAGGCAACUCCUACCUCUUCACCUGGCCCUGCCCAUACAUGCCAUAAACCUUGUCAACCUACAUAAACCCAGGAGGCAGUAAUGAAGCAGAGAACAUUUACCUGGGAUCAAAUAAUUGUAAUUCGGGGAACACAUAUCAAACUGGAACAAAAUUAGAAAUGUAAGAAUGUUCUGAAUACCUCCCAGGAAAAAACUUAUUGGAAUGUUGAAAGUGUGGGUGUGAUAUCUGUUCUGAGGACAAAAGGAAUGUAUAAGGCUUUGAUUCUGGUAUCUUCAGAUACCUAAGCAAACUCACAGGUCCUGCUGAAACCACUUACUAUAAAUGAAGAAAUCAUAUUCAAAUAACACCCUUUAGAGUCCUGUAGAUUUGCCAUGUGCAGAUGCAACACUCCUAGAGAACACCAUGCUACAUUACCAGCAUGAAUAAAGAUGAAACAGUUUCUAGAGGUGAUUUCUACUGGAUGCCAGAGUCUAGAGCAAAGCCAUUCUCUCUCCUAGUUGGUCAUGGGAUGACUGACAUAUGACAUCAAUUGAUGUGUUUAUUUGUGUUCUUUCUUUUCCAAGUAAAUAUUUGGCCUUGGGGCCAUCAUUUAAUUACCAUUUCUCCUCCAUGCAUGUAAGCCAAAUGAAAAAUAAUGAAUAAAGUUAUUUCAGGAAG